AUGGGGCACUCGAGUGUGAUCAUUUUUGUUGCUGUGGUCACCAAAGCCAUAGCCAUUCGGCCGUCGCAAGUGGACGAUUAUCACGAUCGACUAGUCUCUAUACCGUUCCCCAUGGGAAUACUGAAGUCGGAAAAUGACGAUCCGGCCAAGGAUCCGCAGUUCGUAGAACCACUGGUUGAUCAAGCACGAAAAUUAAAGGAUACAGAUUUUGAACAAACACAGAGGCAAAACGAACGACGAAUGCGGGAACUGUUACAACAGGCCACAACCGAUGGAAUCUUAAUCGCAUAG